AUGAACGAUUUAUUUCAUGAAGUCCUGCGACAUUUUGUACUGGUCUUCUUUGAUGAUAUCCUAAUAUACUCUGCAACACUCAAGGAACAUGUCGAACAUCUCCGUCAGGUUUUCACCAUCCUGAAAUCACAUCAGUACUACGCAAAAUUAUCAAAAUGUGUUUUUGGCGUUGCUACUGUCCAUUAUUUGGGCCACAUUAUUUUGGGUCACGGUGUUCGAGUAGACUUAGAGAAAAUUCAAGCCAUUAUAGAAUGGCCCAAGCCCACCACCGUAUCAGCGUUACGAGGGUUUUUUGGCCUUAAAAGCUAUUAUCGCCGCUUUGUUCGUCAAUAUGCAGGUAUUGCCAACCCGUUGUCUGACCUUCUUAAGAGCCAACAAUUCAGGUGGAAUGAACGAGCAGAUGGUGCAUUCAAAGAGCUUAAGGAUGCCAUGACCCAAGUACCUGUACUAGCCCUUCCAGAUUUCAUGGCUACAUUCAAACUUACAACUGAUGCAUCAGGAACCACUAUUGGAGCUGUACUUUUGCAAGGUGAUCAUCUAUAG